AAAUAUUACAUUCAGUUCCUUCGUCUAAAUCAUUAACAUUAAUCCUCAUUGAAAACAUUAAAUGCUUUGGCCUCUUCCACUUUCUGUGGCGGAGAUUGCCACAGGCUCCCCCACCCAUUCUCUGCCGGAAAUGGUUUUCCAGUCGCUAUGUCACUUGCUGAGAAACAGUCUGCUGUGAUUUAAACCUUCCUUGAGAUCGAAUAAUUAAUGAAUUAUCUCGCAAAUGUAGGAUGGCAGUUUCGCUGUAAAUUGACGAUUCCGUUGUCCAUGGAAUGCCCAAACAGAUUUCCAUGACUAAAGCUGUAAUUAGCGUCUAAUUCACACAUCGUCCGAGUUGAUCGCCACAGGAGGCUGGGGAAUGGGGAGUUAACUGCACUGGGAGAAUUUCUGCUUCUUUCUCUGUUGUCCAAGACCGCUGCAUGGACCAACUUUCUCUGAAUUUCCACUUCCAAACCAAGCCAUCUGCGAAGAUGGAGGAUUGCUGCUUCGGUUACCAAAGGAAGGGUGCCUUCAGCUGUGGCCAGACUCCCGUCACCCAGAGAGACUUCUUGGAAAGUCCACGCCAACGUGUGGAGGGCGAGCCUUGGAAUUCAGCUGGUGCAUUUCCUGGAUCUGUUGGAGGUUAUGGAUACGAAUAUUCUUCAGUACAAAGAGACUUUGCUGAGACCAGUGACAUGGGUUUUGUGGUGAAAGAAGUAAUGACAGGAACCUUUGCAUCUGUGGCCUCCAACACCACCCUAUCUGAGGCAGAUUCCCAGGAUAAUUUGGAAAGGCUCAAGGCCCAUGGAGACUCCUGGUUAGAUUCUGUAGAAGAGAGAGAAUUGACUGAGGAAUCCAUAUCAAAGAAAUACAAAGGUCGGACAAUCUUCAGUGCUGAGCAGCUGCGGGUUCUCCAACAACGUUUCCAGCUGCAGCGGUAUCUCACUGCUUCCCAGCAACAAGAACUGGGAAAUGCAAUAGGACUGACCAGUCAGCAGGUAAUGUGUACCCUCAGAGGAACCAAACUUCUCAUUCUUUACAUUAUGUGAAUAUAUGAAUUGGCAGAAAAAUAAGCUAGGUAAAAACAAUGACUGCAGAUGCUGGAAUAAGUUGUUCGGCCCCUCAGGCCUGCCCUAGCAUUUGACAAAGUCAUGUUUGUCCUGCCCAAUCUCUAAUACCCUUUAACUGUCUUAUUGGUCAAGUGCCUAGAUAUCUCUUUCUUAAAAAAAAUUGAUGAAUCUGCCUCCACUUUCUAGAGGAGAGAGUUUCAAAGACUCAAAGAAACAAUUUAUUUUCACUUUGUCUUAUUGUUAAACUGCAUUGCCUAGUGCUGGCCCCUCCACAUCCUCUGUGUUCAACCUAUCAAAUCCCUUCAGGAUCUUGUAUGGUUCAAUAAAAUGACCUCUUGUGAUUGCAAACUCUCAAGUGAUAAUGGACCCAGCUUGUCCCACUGUUAAUCGAAAAAAGACCCCACUCCGUGCCCCCAUCUACCCCUUGCUCCCUACCCCAUACCCUCCCCACUCACUACUACAAUACCUUUCCACCAUAAUAAUGGCAUAUGCAAACAGAAGCCAAUGUGUGACACAUUAAUCAGCUUGUAAGGAACCUCCCAGUGGUUGCACAUCCUAGAGGGACCAUUGGCCCACAAUCCUCUACUCCCAAUCAAGUGAACUACCUCAAAUGAGGAGGUGCCAG